AUGCUUCGACUUGGAGCGCUUGCUAUUCUUCUCGUCAAUGGUGUUCUUGGGGACUCAUGGACGUUGAGCUUCUACACUGCCACCCAAUUCGAUGCUGGGAGUUGCACUGGUGAUACAAACGACAAUCCUCCGGUCUGCUGCCACGGCGACUGGUCCAACGUCAAGUCUGUCCAACUGACGGGAGCGGCCGACGCCAUCGCUCUGGUUUCCCAGGUAGCGGACUUGAUGCUUGCGGAGACACAAACAGCUAUACUCAGACGUUUACGGGUAAUUCAGGAAGAGUCUUCUUUAGCCAUCCGGGCCCUAAUGAACGUCAACGACUUCGACAACAGCUACAACAAUAAAUUCAAGGGGUUGAGUGCGAUGACUUACAGGCGACAGUUAUUGACGUCGCCCGAGGGUGUGGAACAUGUAUCAUCUGGAGACGCAUAG